AUUAAAGUCGUGCGCCACCACUGCCCAGCCUGUAAAUUCAUUUUUAAAACUAGUCUUUAAUUAUCAUUUCUCUUCAAGAUUUUCCGGUAUGUAAAACCUCAAGGUCUCCAGCUGGCUCUAAACCUCUGCUAACAGCACCCUCCUCUCCUGAACCCCCUCUCCAGCUCACCUCACCCAGCUCAGGGACCUGGAAAGUAUGAGCGAGGAUGUCAGGUGGAAAUUUAAGAGGUCGGGAUGUCGGAAAUAAAGCUGUGAAAGUGGGGAGGAAGAACUGUCUGGGCUUUAAGACCGGAAUCUCCUAUGUUCCUGCUAGACCAAUCUGCAGCUUUUGCAAACAGCCUUAAUAUCAGCGCCCCGCUGCGGAAUUCAAAGCUCAGCUUGUCACGACUGCUAACACCUUCUUUGACCAGCCUCUUUCUACUUGACAAUUUUUCUCUUCUGUUCCUCUCUUGCCACCGGGAAGGUUCCAGAAGAACAUUGGGUUUAGGGAGUCCCCUCGCAUAGCUUACCGCCCCUUGGCGUGCAGAAGUCGGGGGAAGAUACUCUGGGCUGGCCGGCUUGCAGGGUGAGUAGUAGGUUUUCAGACUUGGGGAACCGGGUGUGGGGGCGGGGAUGGACUGGAAAGAUUUUGGAGGUCCCAAUGGGUCGUCUGGAAAGUUAACGAAGCUUCAGGUCUAGGCUAGGGACAAUGGCCGCCUUUCCGAGGCUACUGGCCCAGAGGUCUGUGCGGAGCAGCGGAGCCUUGGGCUACACUGGGAGUCCCCAGUUUUCCAGGGGGCGCAGAGGCUGCAACUCUCGAGCCGGAGGGGCUGCGUCCACGACGGACCCCGGGUCUGGAGAGCAGCAGCCGGUGACCGGGAAUCGGGUGCGCUCGCGGGCUCCGGGAUCCCUGCCACUCUUGUCAACUUUCCCGGCCCCGGGAGGAGGAGGGCGGUCGCGCGCAAUACUUAAAGGCGGCUCGGCUGGGCCGGCGAUCAUCAGUCGGAGCGCGCGGCAGCACCGUGGAGGCAGCGCACGGCGGCGGCUGGAGCCGGAGGAGGGGCAUGGAGCCGCCGCGGCCCUGCUGAGUACCGGAGCGCGGGCAGCCGGCAGCACGAUGCCGGUUCAGCUGACUACGGCCCUGCGUGUGGUGGGCACCAGUCUGUUUGCCCUGGUGGUGCUAGGGGGCAUCCUGGCAGCCUAUGUGACAGGCUAUCAGUUUAUCCACACAGAAAAGCACUACCUGUCCUUUGGCCUCUACGGUGCCAUCCUGGGUCUACAUUUGCUCAUCCAGAGCCUGUUUGCCUUCCUGGAGCACCGUCGCAUGCGCAGGGCAGAGCGCCCACUGAAGCUACAUUGCUCUCAGAGGCGACGUUCGGUGGCACUCUGCAUUGCUGCCUACCAAGAGGACCCUGAGUACUUGCGCAAGUGCCUGCGUUCAGCUCAGCGCAUUGCCUUUCCGAACCUCAAGGUGGUCAUGGUAGUGGAUGGCAAUCGCCAGGAAGAUGCCUACAUGCUGGACAUCUUCCACGAGGUUCUGGGUGGCACUGAGCAAGCUGGCUUCUUUGUAUGGCGUAGCAAUUUCCAUGAGGCGGGUGAAGGAGAAACAGAGGCCAGCCUACAGGAAGGCAUGGAGCGUGUGCGAGCCGUGGUGUGGGCCAGCACCUUCUCAUGUAUCAUGCAGAAAUGGGGAGGCAAGCGUGAAGUCAUGUACACAGCCUUCAAGGCCCUUGGCAACUCAGUGGACUACAUCCAGGUGUGUGACUCUGACACCGUGCUGGACCCAGCUUGCACCAUUGAGAUGCUCCGAGUCUUGGAAGAAGAUCCUCAAGUAGGGGGUGUUGGAGGAGAUGUCCAAAUCCUCAACAAGUAUGAUUCAUGGAUCUCCUUCCUGAGCAGUGUGAGGUACUGGAUGGCCUUCAACGUGGAGCGGGCCUGCCAGUCCUACUUCGGCUGUGUGCAAUGUAUCAGCGGGCCUUUGGGCAUGUACCGCAACAGCCUCCUCCAGCAGUUCCUGGAGGACUGGUACCAUCAGAAGUUCCUAGGCAGCAAGUGCAGCUUCGGGGAUGAUCGGCACCUUACCAACCGAGUCCUGAGUCUUGGCUACCGGACUAAGUAUACAGCACGCUCUAAGUGCCUCACGGAGACCCCCACUAAGUACCUCAGAUGGCUCAACCAGCAGACCCGCUGGAGCAAGUCUUACUUCCGGGAAUGGCUCUAUAAUUCUCUGUGGUUCCAUAAGCACCACCUUUGGAUGACCUAUGAAUCAGUGGUCACAGGCUUCUUCCCAUUCUUCCUCAUCGCCACAGUCAUACAACUUUUCUACCGUGGUCGCAUCUGGAACAUUCUCCUCUUCCUGCUGACGGUGCAGCUGGUGGGCAUUAUCAAGGCUACCUAUGCCUGCUUCCUUCGAGGCAAUGCAGAGAUGAUCUUCAUGUCUCUCUACUCCCUUCUCUAUAUGUCCAGUCUCCUGCCAGCCAAGAUCUUUGCCAUUGCCACCAUCAACAAGUCUGGCUGGGGCACUUCUGGCCGAAAAACCAUUGUAGUGAACUUCAUUGGUUUAAUCCCUGUGUCCAUCUGGGUAGCUGUUCUUUUAGGUGGCCUAGCAUACACAGCUUACUGCCAGGACCUGUUCAGUGAGACUGAGCUAGCCUUCCUAGUCUCUGGGGCCAUCCUGUACGGCUGCUACUGGGUGGCCCUCCUCAUGCUCUAUCUGGCCAUUAUUGCCCGGAGGUGUGGGAAGAAGCCAGAGCAGUACAGCCUGGCUUUCGCUGAGGUGUGAUCUAACCCCUAAGUAAAGUGGGAGAAGUGCAAUGGGUAAGGGAGGGGAGGGGAAUGGAAAAGAUGGGGUGGGAGGGUGCAGGGAGUGUUGUGUUCUAGUUUCAUGGCCGAAAGGACAAAUCUGAAAUGCGAAGAACUGUGACUGUGGUGUGGCCUGAGGAGCUCUCUGCUUUCGAAGCUCAGCACUGAUUCUUCAGGCGCAGGGCAGACAGACUUGUCUGUUCCCUGUCUGCUUGCCCUUGCACAGGCAGUGAUCUCGGAGAAGAUUUUACUUCCUCUGUUAACUACAGCGAGCCCAGAAAUGUGCUAAAGCAAGUGCUAACGUCCGUCCUGUGACAACUUCUGGUACAGAAGCAAGCAAUGACAGACUUUAGGAAAAGGUCCUCCUACCCCAUUUGAACAUGAGGUAUAAGAGAAGUUCCCAUCAAGUCUGGUCAGCUAGUAUCCCCGUCCCCAAUCUCUAGUUAGCCAUCAAUGCAUUACGAUUGUGCCUGAGAUAACAAGGCUGGGAAGCCUGAUCUUUGAUCAGAAAACAGGGUCUAAGAAAUGGUGCUUUAUGUAAUAUACUCCACUCCACAUCAAAACAUGCCAGGGAUAAACCAAGCCACCAGGAGUUAAGUACUACGUUUGGUGGUGUUUUUGUGCAUAUUAUAUAAAGGAAAGUUUGAUCAGGUGUCAUGGGUGCAAUCCCAGCACUUGGAAGGUAGACAUAACAGAUCAGAGGUACAAGGCCAGGUAGGGUUACCUGAGCUCCCAACUCUUACAAAAAUAAUUUGACAGGAUGGACAGA